UCGAUUGCUCUGCAAUAGAUUAACUCGCCUGUCCCCGCUGAAUGAAGCCAUCCUCAUUAGCAUAACGUGACCAUCAUAAAACCAGUUGUAAGGUCAAUUUUUAGAGAUCUGUUCAGAGCAGAACAGAUCUGGUCAACACAGAAGUGUUGUGUGUUCAGGAUGGGGAAAACAUGAAAAUGAACUCGCUGUGUAUUUAAAGGCAAUGGCUGAUGAAGAACUGGAGGGCAUUAGACGGCAGCGCAUGGCCGAACUGCAGCAGAAACAUGGGGACCCUUCCAGUGACCAGCAAGGACAGCAAGAGGCCAAACAAAGGGAGACUGAUAUGAGAAACACUAUACUGGCUCAAGUCUUAGAUCAGUCUGCCCGUGCCAGGUUGAGUAAUUUAGCUCUUGUAAAGCCAGAUAAAGCAAAAGCUGUGGAAAAUUAUCUGAUACAGAUGGCUCGCUUUGGACAGCUUGGAGGAAAGAUUACAGAAGCUGGUUUGAUAGAGAUCCUUGAAAAAGUCAGUCAACAGACAGAGAAGAAAACAACUGUAAAGUUUAACCGGCGGCGAGUAAUGGACUCGGAUGAAGAGGAUGAUGAUUGAUAUGAAGGUAUCCUGAGUCAACUGGGCUUUUUGUACUUCUGGGCAAAUACUCUGGUCUGCCUGCUGAUCAGGGCAUAAUCCCGACACCAUCUCAGCCAAAGAACUUUGAUCUGUGGCUGUACAUGAACUCUUUAUUUAAAUAUUUUCUCCAAUUUCACAACAAUUUAGCUCCAAGGCUUUCAGCUCUAGCCCUCGAGAUGCACUUUGCAGAGUUUAGCCCUUACCAUGAUCACUCUUACCUGCUUGUAACUUUCAAGUAUUUCUGAAGACCUUGAUUAUCUUGUUCAGUUGUGUAUGAUCCGGGUUGGAGCUAAACUCAGCAGGAAAGUGGAUCUCGAGAGCCAGAUCUGCUGGUUUAGCUGAUUCUCCUUAUUGUUCUUUGCCUUGAAACACCGGAUUGUAGUAAUGAAGCGACAUUUUACUGACUUUUGUGAGCAUACAGAGGACAUUUCUGAAUAAUUUGAACUGGCAGACAUGUAUGGGCAACUGUUUACAUAAUAAAAGCCUUAAAUGAAA